AUGAGCGUUCGCAUGGCAGAUGCUGUGCAGAAACUGAGCGAAAAGCCGGAGAACAUCCGCAACUUCUGCAUGGUCGCCCACGUGGAUCAUGGCAAGACUACCCUCAGCGACUACCUCGUCGCCAGCAACGGCAUCCUUUCCCCGCAGCUGGCAGGUGAGGUGCGGCUGCUCGACUCCCGGCCUGAUGAGCAGGAGCGUUGCAUAACCAUGAAGGCCAGCUCUAUCGCGCUGCACCACGCUUACGCUGGCAAAACCCACGUGCUGAACCUCGUCGACUCCCCCGGACACAUCGACUUCUCGUGCGAAGUGUCCACGGCAAUGCGUCUGUGCGACGGUGCCGUCGUCAUCGUCGACGUCGUGGAUGGCGUCACCCAGCAGACGUCGUCCAUCCUGCGCCAAACUUACCAGGAGGGGCUGUCGAUGUGCCUCGUGUUGAACAAGAUCGACUUGCUCGUGACAACGCAGCAGUACACUGCCGAGGAGGCAUACCUGCGCCUGCGCAGCAUUAUCGAGAUCUGCAACGCCAUCUUGGCAUCCUAUGCGAACCAGAUGAAGAUCCAGGAGCUGGAUCAGGACAUGAAGCGCGAGGACCCCAGCGACGACGUGUGGUUCGAUCCGUCCAAGGGCAACGUCCUUUUCUGCAGCUGCUACGAUGGCUGGGCCGUCAGUGUGGACUUCUUCGUGAGGCUGUACAAGGACAAGGUACCGCUGCACAACCUCGCGGAGGCCCUCUGGGGAGAGCACUACCUCGACCCCAAGACCAAGACCGUGACUCCGAAGCCGAAGAAAGCGGGGCAGCUGCCCUUGGCUGUGCAGCUCAUGCUCGAACCCAUCUGGCAGCUCUACGACGCAUUUCUCGGUGACAGCGCGAGCGAGGAGCGGCAGAAGCAGUUGUCCGAGAAGCUGAAGAUUGCCGAGAGCAAGUGGAACAACCCACGCCGAGACCCGCGCGGCAAGCUGAAGGCGCUGCUCUCGGUGUGGAUGCCCCUCGCCCCCUGUGUGCUUGACACGGUGUGCUCGCGGCUCGGCUCUCCGGUCACCUUGCAGCGGCGCCGCCUGCCUUCUCUCGUCCCGGGCUUCGAGGCCGACACCCCCGCGGAGCUGAAGGAGGCGCUCAUGAACUGCGACCAGUCCCCGGAGGCGCCGUGUAUCGUGUAUAUCUGCAAGCUAAUCGACACGCAAUACCUCGUCGGUCGCGUCGUCGGCUCCGUGGAGAACCACGAUGGAGCCUUCAUUGGGUUCGGGCGCGUCUACAGCGGGCGCCUGCGCGCCGGGCAGCCAGUGUAUGUGCACAGCGAUGGCGUGGUGGUGGAGGCGACGGUAGGCAGCGUCUAUCUCUUCCGCGGCGCCGGUCUUGAGGAGACGUCGGAGGUGAGCGCUGGCUUCCUCUGCGGUGUCGGCGGUCUCACCCCGUGCAUCACCAAGUACGCCACCAUCAGCAGCGUGCCUAACAUGCCGCCCUUCAAGCCGCUUGUGCUGCAGAGCACCUCGAUAGUGCGGCUCUCUGUCUUCCCGAAGGACCCGAGGAGCUUGCAGGAGCUGGAGCGGGGCCUGCGGCUGCUCUAUAAAGUCGACCCGCAGGUGGAGGUGAGCAUGCUGCCAACCGGCGAGCACGUGAUCGGCACAGCAGGCGAAGUUCACGCAGAGCGCUGCCUCAAGGACCUCAUCGACACGUUUGCACAGGUAGAGGUGGUCGCCUCGGAGCCGCUCGUAUCCUUUCGCGAGACCAUCGUGAGCAACCUGAGCGCCAAGCCGAAGCCGCACACCGCGUCGCUCAUGGACGGCGCCUUCCACGUCACCCUCCAAGCGCGGCCGCUGCCGGCCGAGGUGCUCGAGCUGAUCAAAGACGACGGGAAGAACAGCGGCAACAACCCGCAGCUUCUGCGGCAGGCAGUGGCCGCCCUGGCGGAGCACAGGCGCUUUUCGGCGGAUGUCAAGAACGGCGUCGUCUCCAGCGGCCCGUCUCGGCUCGGCUUCCUUGGAGCAGUGCUGCUGGCCAACUUCGACGGCACUGCGGAUCCAGUGGCAUGCUGGGCGACGCUGCAAGACUGGAAGGAAUCCGUCGUGGCAGGCUUUCAGGCCGCGUGCGAGAGCGGGCCGAUGGCACAGGAGCCCUUGUACGGGGUGGCUUUUGUGGUGACAAACAUCUUUGUGGACGCAGACUCCGACAUCUCCGGUGGCAUGGUUCUGCCCAGCGUGCGGGAGGCGUGCCGCGCUGCGAUGAAGUUGCACCCUCGCCGUCUUGUCGAGCCUGUGUACGAGUGCACUGUGUACUCCUCCGGCUUUACCCAGGGCAAGAUCUACGCCUCACUGAGCCGCCGCCGCUCUGAGAUCGUGGAGGAGGUGCCGAACGAGGGCAGCGACCUCUUCUACAUCCGCUGCUGGCUACCGGCAGUUGAGGCGUUCGGCUUGCAGGACGAGCUGCGCGUACAGACGCAAGGCGCCUCGACGGCGCAGCUGCAGAUGAGUCACUGGGAGGUCAUCGACGCCGAUCCGUACUUUGUGCCCACAACGAAGGAAGAAUUCGAGGAGCACGGUGCCGAGGUGGCGACCAAAAACAUUGCGGAGCAGCUUUUAGAGCGCAUUAUGCGGCGCAAAGGCCUCUACCGGGAGCGCGUGGUGGAGAACGCCGAGAAGCAGAAAUUCUCCUUGAAGGGCGCGUGA